AUGCACGUGAAUUCCACAUAUCCACGCUACCCUGGAAAUCGCAACAACAGUGGCAGCCAGAGCCAAAACCAAAGUCAAAUCCUAAACCCGAACAUCACCAACCCUACUCCACAAGGGGAGGAGAAGGAGACCAGCGCGAGGAGCAAGCGUAGCUCGAAGGAGAAGGAGAGCAGCAAGGGUAGCAGUCUGAGGGAGGAGACUAACGGCAAGGAGUUGGAAGAGGAAAAUCAAGAUGUGAAGCCUACACCGACGACGGAGGUGCCAGAAGCCGAGCUUCAGAAAGAGGCGGCUGUUGCAGCUGGAGAGGAUGCGUAA